AUGCAGGGAUUUGCGGAGAGAGGUAAUUCUGGGGACUUGGGGCAGCUCCAGUCCACCAUGCACGCCAUUGAGCUCGCCUGUACUUCUAUUCAGAUGCAGAUGAAUUUAGGUGCUGCUGAAGCUACUAUUUUGUCACUCUCCCAGGCUCCUCAACCAUACCAGACAUGUAAAUUCAUUCUUGAGAACUCUCAGAUGGCAAAUGCAAGGUUUCAGGCUGCAGCUGCAAUUCGUGAUGCAGCUAUUAGAGAAUGGGGUUUUCUUAGCUCAGAUGAAAAGAGAAGCAUGAUUAGUUUUUGUCUUUGUUUUGUUAUGCAACAUGCGCAUUCACCUGAGGGUUAUGUCCAAGCAAAAGUGUCCUCUGUGGCUGCUCAAUUGUUGAAAAGGGGUUGGCUUGAUUUCUCAGCUGCUGAGAAGGAUGAAUUUUUCUAUCAGGUAAACCAGGCUGUUUAUGGCAUUCACGGUGUAGAUGUGCAGUUUGCUGGAGUUAAUUUCCUGGAAUCUCUGGUGUCCGAAUUUUCUCCAUCUACUUCUAGUGUGAUGGGUCUACCUAGAGAGUUUCAUGAGCAUUGCAGGAAAUCAUUAGAGGUAGACCACUUGAAGACUUUCUAUUGCUGGGCACGAGAUGCUGCAUUAAGUGUUACAAAUAGAAUAGUUGAGUCUGACUCUGCGGUACCAGAGGUUAAAGUCUGUACUUCUGCACUGCGUCUCAUGCUUCAAAUCCUGAACUGGGAGUUCAGUCCAAUUGCAGUCCCUCUUGGAGUUCGGAUGGGUACUGAUUCACCUAAGAGAUCUGAGUGUAAUCUAGUGCAGCCUGGACCUGCUUGGCGUGAAGUUUUGGUUACUAGUGGUCAUAUAGGUUGGCUCCUGAACUUAUAUGCAGCACUGAGACAGAAGUUUUCUUGUGAAGGUUAUUGGCUCGAUUGCCCUGUUGCCGUCUCUGCUAGAAAGUUAGUAGUACAGUUCUGCUCCUUAACAGGAACCAUAUUUUCAUCUGUACAAAUGCAUGAACACCAUCUGCUCCAACUGCUUUCCGGAGUAAUACAGUGGAUUGAUCCUCCUGAUGCUGUUUCUAGAGCGAUUGAAUGUGGAAAAAGUGAAAGCGAGAUGCUUGAUGGUUGUCGUGCUUUAUUGUCAAUUGCAACUGUUACAACUCCGUCAACAUUUGACCAACUCUUAAAAUCAACAAGGUCUUAUGGCACUCUUACCUUGUUAUGCAUAUUGAUGUCUGAAGUUGUCAAGAACCUAAUGACCAACAACUCUGAAGAAGAGACUUGGAGCUGGGAGGCACGCGAUAUAUUACUAGAUACUUGGACUGCACUCCUUGUGCCAGUAAAUAGCGACGGUGGAAAUGCAUCCCUUCCACCUGAAGGGAAAAAUGCUACAGCCAGUUUAUUUGCCUUGAUUGUACAGGCUGAACUGAAAGCUGCUUCUGCAUCAGCAUUUAAAGAUGAUGACUCUGACUACCUUCAGGCCUCUAUUUCUGCCUUGGAUGAGAGGCUAGGCUCCUAUGCUCUAAUUGGUAGAACAGCAAUUGAGGUCACAGUACCUUUUCUCACAAGACUAUUUUCGGAGCGUUUUGAACGGCUUAAUCAGGGCAGGGGCAUUAUUGAUCCUACUGAAACUUUAGAGGAACUUUACUCCUUGCUACUUAUCACUGGGCACGUAAUCGCUGAUGAAGGGGAGGGAGAAACACCUCUGAUUCCAAAUGCUAUACGAUUUCAUCUUCCACACAAUCUGGAAGCAGACACGCAUCCUAUUGUCAUCCUUUGUGGCUCAAUCAUAAGGUUUGCCGAGGAAAGUUUAAAACCAGAAAUGAGAGCAUCAGUUUUCAGUCCCAGACUCAUGGAGGCUGUCAUAUGGUUCCUUGCUAGAUGGUCUUGUACUUACCUAAUGUCUCCUGAAGAAAGUCGAGACUCUACAACCGUCUUGCUAAAGUUUUUCGGACAACAGGGUCAAGGAAAAUUGGUGCUAGACAUAAUUGUUCGCAUAUCCUUGACAGCGCUGGUGUCAUAUCCUGGAGAAAAGUAUCUGCAGGCGCUUACUUGUUUCCAGCUACUUCACACGCUUGUUCAGCGAAAACAUAUUUGCAUUCAUCUUGUUGCUUUGGAUUCAUGGCGUGACCUUUCAAAUGCUUUUGCUAAUGAAAAAACUUUGUUCUUGCUAAAUACAGCUCAUCAGCGUUCCCUUGCUCAAACACUAGUUCGGUCAGCUUCUGGUCUGAGAAAUUUGGAGGCAUCAAACCAGUACGUUAGGGAUCUCAUGGGACAUAUGGCAACAUAUCUAGUUGAAAUCACAAGCAAAAACGACUUCAAAAACGUUGCUCAACAACCAGAUAUCAUCCUGCCGGUCAGUUGCUUGUUGGAAAGGCUUCGUGGGGCUGCCAGUGCCUCAGAACCUCGUUUGCAGAAAGCAAUUUAUGAGCUGGGAUUCUCUGCAAUGAAUCCUGUUCUGGUUCUUCUUGAGGUUUACAAACAUGAGAUAUCAAUAAGUUUAUCAAGCAGCUUAAGCACUGAAGCAAAGACUGAGAAGUACAAGGAUUUGCGUGCUCUACUCCAGCUCCUUUCAGGCCUUUGUUCCAAAGAUUUGGUUGAUUUUUCAUCAGAUUCCACUGAGACGGAGAGCACGAACAUAUCUCAGGUCGUUUACUUCGGUCUUCAUAUAGUUACUCCUCUAAUAUCAUUGGAGCUGCUGAAAUACCCCAAGUUUUGUUUUGAUUACUUCUCAUUGAUCUCCCAUAUGUUGGAGGUCUAUCCUGAAACAGUUGCACAACUAAGCAGUGAAGCCUUUUCUCAUGUAAUAGGAACCCUUGAUUUUGGUCUUCAACAUCAGGAUGCCGAAGUUGUUGAUAUGUGUCUCAGAGCUUUAAGAGCUCUUGCUUCUUAUCACCAUAAGGAAACAAGUGCUGGCAAAGUAGGCUUGGGCUCACAUGCUGCAGGCCUCAAGGAUCCUGGUGGAAAUUUUCAGGAAGGCAUUUUGAGCCGGUUCCUUCGCUCAGUACUGCAAUUACUACUUUUUGGGGAUUACAGUCCUGACCUGGUCAGCAGUGCAGCAGAUGCUCUUCUUCCGCUGAUACUUUGUGAGCAAAGCCUAUACCAGAAAUUAGGUAAUGAGUUGAUAGAGAGGCAGGCAAAUGAAACAUUGAAAUCAAGACUAUCAAAUGCGUUGCGGACUCUCACAAGUGCAAAUCAGCUUUCAUCUACCAUUGAUCGUAAAAACUGUCAAAUAUUCAGGAAAAAUCUUAGUAACUUCUUGGUUGAUGUUCGAGGUUUUCUGCGAACAAUGUGAUAUGUCAUGUAUAUAAAGUAAUGAACUCUGUAUAAUAUGAGGGAGAACAGAUUCUUUUCAUUAUUUUCUACGAUUGGCGGAACAAUUUUUUGACAGAAUUCCCAGAUUGUGAAUAUUUGUCUGGGAAGAAAGCUCAACCCUACAUGAAAAAUAGCUGCAAACCCUCUCAAUCGUU